AUGCAGAUCAAUAAUUCCUCGUCUUACGGAGGCUCUACGGUCGUUCUUGAGCUGCCCUCGAAGUCCCAUCAACCGCAAGACACAGGCAAGAGCGUGCCUGUUCAGGAAGAUUUAUCGGCCGGAGCCUUACCUCCUCCCUCGACUGCUACGCCUCAAUUGCAAAAAUGGAACUCCCCAAGAAUCAACAUGUGGCGCUGUCUAGGGACCUUCUACUCCUUUAUCAUUUUGGGUGCUAAUGAUGGUGCAUACGGGGCGCUAAUCCCCUACCUCGAAACAUUCUACGGCGUCAACUAUACAGUCAUCAGUCUGAUAUUUCUGUCACCAAUAGUUGGUUAUACGAUGUCUGCUCUGUUGAACAACUACAUCCACACAGUGUACGGACAAAGAGGCGUUGCAUGGAUCAUGAGCAUAUCCCACUUGUGCGCUUAUACUGCCAUAUGUGUUCAUCCGCCGUAUCCUGUCUUGGUAAUAGUCUUUAUUCUUGCCGGCUUUGGCAAUGGUUUGGGCGAUAGCGGAUGGAAUGCCUGGAUUGGAGACAUGGCCAAUGCAAAUGAAGUGCUUGGCUUCUUGCACGGGUUUUACGGACUCGGCGCAGCACUCUCGCCUUUGAUCGCGACAACGCUGGUCACUAAAGCGGGCUGGCGAUGGUACGAAUUCUACUACCUAAUGGUGGGUGCAGCCCUCGUUGAGGUUAUAUUUCUCGUUGGCACUUUCUGGAAAGCGGACGGUCGUGCCUAUAAUGCCGAGCACCCUCAGACUGCCAACAUGGAUAUUUCUGAAUCAAGUACGCCGACCACCUCGGAUAGUACGGGCCCUGGUGGUCAAGUCGACCAGCAACAAAACAUUCUGUCUAAACUCAAUCCGCUCGGCAAAAGAGCAAAGGGCAAGAGCAAGACUUUGGAAGCGGUCAAGCAGAAAGUGACCAUGCUCGCCUCGGUAUUCCUGCUUAUCUAUGUGGGUGUCGAGGUAAGUGUUGGCGGGUGGAUAGUGAGCUUCAUGUGGCACGUCAGGAAAGGCUCGCCGUUUGCCUCCGGUCUCACAUCGAUGGGGUUUUGGCUGGGCAUUACCACUGGUCGGUUGAUACUCGGCUUCGUGACGGCUCGGGUAUUCAAGACAGAAAAGCACGCGAUAGCCGUGUACUUGUUGUGCAGCGUGGCCCUUCAGUUGAUGUUCUGGCUCAUUCCCAACUUUGUCGUCAGCGCAGUCAUGAUUGGCAUGCUAGGUUUUUUCCUGGGGCCUAUGUUCCCCGCAGCCAUUGUGGCCCUUACCAAGUUGCUCCCGAAGAGGCUGCACGUACCCGCGGUGGGGUUUGCCGCUGCCUUCGGGGCGAGCGGUGCCUGUGUGCUGCCGUUUGCUGUUGGAGCGAUUGCAAAUGCCAAGGGAGUCAAAGUGUUGCAACCUAUCAUUCUGGCAGCCUUGGUGCUGUGCCUAGCUGUGUGGCUGUUGGUUCCCAGGCUCCCGAAACAGAGGAUGGCUUGA